AUGAUAUCUCCAGGCAGGAGUACAGCUGGUGCACAGAAAGGUUUGAAGCGGUCAUUCAGCCAGACUAGCACCCCUCUACCGCCUAGCAAGCGAUUCUGUUCGACAUCUCCGACGAAGGCCGGCAGCAAUGCUUUACCAAAUCGAGUGCAUCGGCGUGUCAUCCUUCGUGAUUAUGGGGAGCCGAUCUACAAGGCUAGCUCCCGAGUAGCUCUACUUACCGCGCUAGAAGGCUGCAUUGAAGGCCACGAGUCCUUGCAUAAAGCCGGCUUCCUCCACAGAGACAUCUCAAUCAACAACCUCAUAAUAAAUGAAGACGAAAAGAACCUUUCCUGGCCUUCGUUCUUGAUCGGCCUCGACCUUGGGAUCAAAGAAUCACGGAAAGAGGCUUCCGGCGCCAAAAGCAAGACUGGCACGAGGGCUUUCAUCGCCAUAGGGGCCCUCUGUGGCGGGCAGCAUUCAUUUAUGCACGAUCUAGAGUCAUUCUUUUGGGUGCUUUUCUGGAUCUGCAUUCACUAUGAUGGACCAAGUCAGGAAAGGGUUGUUCCAGAAUUCGACAAGUGGAACUACGUGGACAUGGAAGAGUUGGCCAAACAGAAGUUAGGCACUGUGGGGGAAGAGGCAAUUUUCAUGAAAACAAUUACCGAUAAUUUCACGUCAUAUUUCGAGCCACUUAUUCCAUGGGUGAACAGGCUACGAAAAAUUGUCUUCCCGAGAGAUAGGCCGCAGGAACAGGAAGAUGAAAGUCUUUACCCUCGAAUGAAAGGGAUUCUCCGGGAGGCAUGCGAGGACUUAACUUGA